UGAUGAACGUGUUGCAUUUCUUUACGGUUUUAUUUCUGGUGUCUAAUAUAACAUUAGCAGCAUCAGGUUUGAGUUGGCUGGACGAGGUUUUGAAUAUUCUGGGUAGAGAAAUGGUUCCGUAUUUUCUAGAAACAUUCAUUUCUAUGCUAAAUGGAUUUUUUGAUACGGAUCAUCUGUCUUUUGAUUCUAAACGUUUGAGAGCAGAUUUAAAAGGCUCUCUCUUCGGGCAGCACAUCGCGUCUGAUGUUGUACUGAAAACGGUAUCGUCAUUUAUGACUGACAGCAACCCAAACAAACCACUGGUUUUCUCGUUCCACGGGACUACUGGAACUGGGAAGAGUCAUGUCACUAAAAUCAUUGCAAGAAAUUUGUAUAAAAAAGGGGAGCAGAGCAAGCAUAUUCACUUAUUUAUAUCUGACCUUCAUUUUCCAGACAAACGAAAUUUAGACACCUACACCGCACAGCUAAAGCAGUGGAUUCAUGGAAAUGUAUCAAAUUUUCCCCGCUCCAUGUUCAUAUUUGAUGAAAUGGAUAGGAUGCAUCCACGGCUGAUUGACACCCUAAAACCUUUUCUAGACAACAAUGACAAUGUAGAUGGAGUGAAUCUGACAGAGACGCUGGCUAUGGUUGACUAUUGCUGUGGAUUUUCACACUCCAGUCUAAUAAAUAAGCAUCUGAUUGAUCACUAUGUUCCUUUCCUACCUCUGGAGCUGAAGCAUGUGCGUCAGUGUGUUAUGGCUGAGAUGGUUCAUCUGAAUAUGACUCAGGACUCUGAUCUGGCAGAUGAAGUGGCCAGAGACAUGCCUUACUACCCUGAAGAAGAGAGAAUAUAUGCUUUUAAAGGCUGCAAGUCUGUCAGACAGAAGUUGCCCCUAUAUAAAUGAAUAAGAUGAACAAG